CUCUUUGACCAAUCAUUGCUGUGUUCUUUGAGUAGCUCUAUGUGCUUUUCUCUGGUCCCUGCAACUCCAUUUCAACUGAUUGACCAAAGCCCGAGCCGUCAGCCAUUUUAUGUCAACAUACGUGGACUGGGAUGAACGGCAUGCAAUAAAGACGUAGGUGGCCCAGCCGGUGGGUUUCUUUCUUUUGAUUUCUGACUCGGGUUCGGGCUCGAAGACUAUUCUAUCUUCACCUCUAUCGAAGAACGUGGAAGAAUGAGAUCAAUGCGCUGUUGAGUUGUCUGCAUUGAUUGUAUCUUGCAACUUGAUCUCUAUCUUUUCACAGUAUCAUAAGUUCGAGGGUCAGGGAGGCUUGGGUAACUCAAUAUGCAUCACUCGAUACUGGCUAUCGUGGCCUUGAUCGCCUCAACUUCCCAUUUCACCUAUGCGCAGCAAUUGUUUGCAACACAAUGCUACUACAAAGCAGACAACCAAGAACGGACAUCAACUGGUGGACCUUGCGGUAUCGUCACGCCUAAUGGGAACUUCUCAUCGUGCUGCGCAGUAGGCGAUACCUGUCUCGCAGACGGUCUCUGCCAAUACUCACACGCGAAACCCGCAGCCCCAAAUGUAGUAUCAACAUACUACGUCGGAGGCUGCAACGAUCAAUCUCUCACCGCACAAGCUUGUAACCCCGCCUGCAACGAUCUCGAUCUCACAGAUAUCGUCUACAACCAAACAACCAAAACAUGGCAUUGCUGCGGAGUCACAAAUGGGAUCAUACAUUGCGAUUCUCCGACCCAGGAAACGUUCAAGGCUCCCCCACCGAGAUCGCUGACGACUACAUACACCGUUCCAGCUACAGCUGUUACUGGGGCAGUAACAUCUACGAGCUCAACAGCAGCCACUUCAGCGACAUCUACUCCGAGCUCAACGACCACGGCUGCGAAAAGUGGGGGGCUUAGCAAUGGUGCAGAAGCAGGAAUUGGCGUUGGAUGUGCUAUUGCUGGACUCCUGGUUAUAGGAUUCAUAGUAUGGUUCCUCAUGCGUCGUCGGAGACAGCGGAGAGAAGCUACCACAGGAAGACAUUCCGAAGCUCCUAAAGCUGGCCCCUUCACGGAUUACAAAGCCGGAGGAGGAGUGGGCCCUAUGAAUGGAUAUGGAAAUGCGAGUCCGAGCUAUCAGUCAGCGUAUACUCCCCAGACACCAGCUCCACAAUAUGCAAGUCCGCAAGGCUAUGAGUAUAACAGUGUUAGCCCGCUUACUGCGGGUGCGAUGGCGGGAGGAGGAGUGUAUAAGAACGUUUCGCCUGCGGAGGGGAUGAGUGCUAGAUUAGCGGGAGGUCGGAUUGAUGGCGUGGGAGCAAAUGGAACGCCGGUGCAGGAGAAGAUGAGUGAGAAUGUUGCGUCUACGCAACCCCAGGAAAUGGAGGGUGGAGAGGAGACAAAUGGGAUUAGGAGGGGACGGAGUGUGAGGUCUUGUAAUCGGAGGUUUAAGUUGACAUUCUAA